CUUUGAUAGUGUAAAAGUAAACUAUCUUUUCUCUGUGUGACUUUUUCUUGCAACACAGCUCCAUUAAUCAUAUUAAUAAUGUCGAACUUGAGUUUUCUGAAUUUCCAAUAUGGAGUUUCAAGAAAACCUUCACUAAAACCAGCCCAGAGGCCAAGCAUCUCCAAGGAAAGACAACGCUCUAGCAAGAGCAUGUCAUCAAGUGGUAAUUUCCAGGCAAACGUGGAGGAGUUGAGAUGGGUUUUCAAUAAAUAUGAUAGCAACAAAGAUGGGAAAAUCUCCCAGGAGGAGUACAAGUUAGCCCUGAAGGCUUUGGAUUCAGGAAUUUCUGAAAUUGAGAUGGCCAAGGCAUUUCAGAGCAUUGAUUCUGACGGAGAUGGCUUCGUUGAUUUCAAAGAGUUCAUGGAAAUGUACAACGCGGGUGGUGGGGUUAAAGCAAGUGACAUUCAAAGUGCUUUUCAAGUGUUUGAUUUGGAUGGCAAUGGUAAAAUAAGCGCGGAGGAACCGUCUCAGGUUCUGAAGAAGCUAGGAGAGGGUUAUAGUCUGAAGGCUUGCCGGAAAAUGAUGAAAGGAGUGGACACCAAUGGGGAUGGUUUCAUUGAUAUAAAUGAAUUCAUGGCCAUGAUGGCAAGCUCCAAGAAACUGGCAUGAGUGAUAUUAUAUAUGUUCUAGCUCUUUUUUAUGGACCUCUUGUUCUUGUGCUUGUGUGGUUGUGUUGGUUCUUAAUAAUAUGUACUGGAAGUUUGGAACAAA